UGCGUAAUCUCUUGAGCAAACGUGAAAACAAUGGCGAUUUAUGAUUGUCUCAAAAGACAGCAAGAUCCAAUUUGGACUCAGUGCGAGGUGGAAAAAUUCUGGGAUGUGUUGCAACCGUAUCUAGCUCAUCUCCUUACCGGUGAAAUGCCACUUCCAGAAUAUAGCAUCAACUUCACAUCUAUAAGCUCAAAUAGCGAAAAAGACAGGCAAUUCUGCAUGGACGUAAUACAUGGCUCUUUGUGGAGAGGAAAGUACUCGCUUGCAGUAGCAAAUUUGAAAGCCGUGGAGGCCUUCUUUGAUUGCAGAAACAAGAUUAGCGAAUGUAACACUGCAGAGCAGCUGCGUUUGCUGGAAGUCGUUUUCAAACGCAGGCCUGUUGAAAGGCGUCAUGUCUUGCCGCAAUAUCCAGUGGCAAUGUAUGGGAACAACUCCAUAUCACCUUCCAGUUGUAAGAUGUCUGUUGUACAGUUACGUAAUCAAAACAUACCUGUUUUACACUGGCAACAUUUAAUCACGUCUCGGCACCGGUUGUAAAUAUCAGGUCUCAUCACCGUAACGUAACGCACCAUAACACAACGUAACGCAGGAUUACAUAACAGUAAACAGCGUAGUAUUUCUCGUUACAUACGCGGGGAAAUAUGGCCUGAAAGAGACAUCGCAAAAUCUUCAGGUUGACCUGUUCCGUAUUAGCAAGACUAAAGAGCUAGUGGAAAUAAUCUUUCAGGGUCUUUUUUUUUUUAAAUUUUAGCUUACUUGAAGUGACAAAAUUUCCUAGUAGUUUCAUCAUAUGUAAAUUACAAAGAGCAGCAUGUAGAAUAUUUUCAAUUUUUCUGCAAAUGCAGUGUAAUGAGAUCAACAUUGUGAAAAUUUUAUCGCAGCGGCUGAAACAUGAUGAUAAAACGCUUUUGUUUGCAUUGAUUCGGCGGUGAAGUGGCAGAAGAUUUCUUGUAUAUAAAAAUGUAUUUAUUGUCGCUGAUGUAAGAGCUGAGAGAACGCUAUAUAUAUAUAUAUCUUAUUAACCAAGCGCAAGGGCCGUACUGGGAGAAUAUCGGCCCGAGGUCUUGACACUACGGACCGAGCGCAGCGAGGUCCGUACGUACAAUAAAGACCGAGGGACGAUAUUCUUCCAGUACGGUCCCGAGCAAGCUUGGUUAAUAAGAGAUUUAUUAUACGACUGAAGUUCAAAGGGACA